UACUAGAAACUGAACUCAGUCCUUUAGCUCGUUGGUGAGUAAUUGAUUGUAUGUGGUGAUUGUCCUUGUUUGAUUUGAGAAGUAUUGCAUACUUUUUUUCAGGGAUGCARUAAACGAACAAGAUAUAUCGGGAGCAGAAUAGAUCGGAUUUCAUAGCAUGCAGGUGUUGUCCGUUGUCUCCGAAUCAAGAAAGCAACGAGAUAAAUGGACAGACUGAAUUGUAAUCAUCACCUUCGACUAACCCACCGUGAAUUCGAUUAGUCUUUGUCGAGUGGGUCAUCGUUAACAAUGCUGCCACUCUCUUGUUUGGAUACUACAACCGCUUGUACUAGCGUGAAACUCACGAAUUAUUUUAUACUUUCAUUACUUUCUUCUACCGCUUCAGAUACUCUACUGACUACACCAUGCGUUUGACAAUUGCUCUUUCUGCCCUUGUGACCGUUGGCUCUGCCAGCAACAAUGAGAAUCACGAUGAUGCAUCGCUUAAGAGCCAUCCAUCUGAUUCUGCUCGUUCUCAGUCCCAUGGGUUUUCUAGCCCUAGCCACCCAUCCCGCCCUGAUUGGAAGUCCGCUUCGAUUGGGUUGUCUCAAUACCAAGGAUUUCCGGAAUGGAUUCUUUCCGAGGAUAUGGGUGUCAAACUCAAAGCGCUUCGCAAUCGAUUCAUUAAAACCGAAUCGACUAAUGUAGUCGAGGGAGAUCCAGACUUCAACUUCUCGCCAGACCUUGGUAUGAUCAACGAACAUAGUGCUGCCUCUGAUGAAAGUUCUGCCGAAAACAUGAAUCAUUAUGAUCACAGUACCGACGAGCACUACUUUGAAGAUCCUACCAUGCACAACAACGACCAACUUUCCCAUGGUGUUGCUGAUGCAGGAGAUUUUGGGGUACCCCAAGAAGAGCAUCGUAACCUUCAAUAUACCGAUUGCACUGCCGCUUGUCCUAAUGGACGCCCUAUAAUUGGCGUUUCCGGAGAGGAAUUGAGUCGUCAUUGACGAAUGCCUUCUAGGCAAUUGCAAAUACGACCUUCCAUUCAACUGCUGGAACACAUCAGGUGUCACUGACAUGUCAAAUGCAUUUUACAAAGAACACGACCCCUACGACAAUCCAGACCUCCCCCCACCACCUCAAGCCUACUUUAACGAACCGCUGGAUUGCUGGGAUGUGUCCUCCGUGACCGACACAAAGUUUUUGUUUGCAAGAGCAUCUAGUUUCAACCAACCCAUUGGUAAUUGGGACAUGUCAAGCGUGACCAGCGUAAGGGAGAUGUUUUAUUAUGCAAUGCAAUUCAACCAACCCAUUGGUAAUUGGGACAUGUCAAGCGUGACAGACAUGGGUAAAAUGAUGAUCCGAUGCGGUUUUAACCAGCCUGUUGAGAACUGGGAUGUGUCAAAUGUGAACGACAUGAGUGAAGCAUUCAGUGGUACAUUAUAUUUCAAUCAGCCACUUGGUAACUGGAAUACGUCCAGCGUGACAAGCAUGSMGGCUAUGUUUGCUCUGUCUCCUUUCAAUCAACCCCUGAGUGAAUGGGAUUUGUCAAGCGUGAUAAGCAUGGGUAGUAUGUUUUCGCUURCCGGGGCAUUCAACCAGCCUCUUGCUGAUUGGGAUGUGUCAAAAGUAGAAKACAUGRSUUCCAUGUUCGGUUGUCCUAAAUUUUUCYCAAURGAUUGUGUUUUCAACCAACCCAUUGGUAAUUGGAAUGUUGGAAACGUGGAAARUAUGRGWRGUAUGUUCAUGGGCGCACCGUUCAACCAGCCUAUUGGUGAUUGGGAUGUGUCAAAUGUGAAAASYAUGRRUSYCAUGUUURYWCAAKCGGACUUCAACCAGCCCAUUGGUGACUGGGAUGUGUCAAGCGUGYACRAKAUGKSGUUGAUGUUUUACGRAACCCCAUCGAUUGACGAGGGAAUCGUGAAUUGGAACGURUCRAACGUGGRARWAAUGGASYWUAUGUUCRCUAMUGCAGAAUUCAACCAUCCCAUUGGUGACUGGGAUGUGUCAAGCGUGACCAAUUUUGAGUCGAUGUUUAAAAAUACAACCAGUUUCAACCAGUGUCUAGUGCAAUGGGGCGACAAGGUUCAAAUCGAUGACACAAAUGUGGAAGAAAUGUUUGACGGCAGUGGAUGUCCUUCCCAGUCAGAUCCAGUUCUUCCAAGAGGACCCUGGUGCCAAACGAGCAGCGAAUCCUGUGAGUUCCCAGCCUGUAGAGACCGGGAUUCCUUUGUGUUCARGRGYGAAGAAACCACAUGCAGCGAAUUGAAAGGCUUCCCAAACAAGAAGAGGAAGAACYGGUGCAAAAAAAGGAAUCCGAAAAACGCCUGCCCGAGUGUUUGCAAUCGUCGCUGUUUUUGCAAGGACAAGAGGAAGUUCCGGAUCGGAGGUACCGCCUUCCKUUGUAAGAAUGUCGGCGAAGACGGCAAGCCCACCUGYGACACGAAUGUGAAGAAKRACAUCAUCGUCAGCGAUCUUUGCCCCGAGAAAUGUGACAGCUGUCAUGUUUGAUUUCAAUUUGGGAUUCGCUCAGAAAAGCUCCGAAACUCGGACCAAGCCGUAAGAAACUUUKUGCAAAGCU